AUGGCCAACAACGAUUCUCCUCCCAUGUACACGGACACUCCUUUGGCCGUCAUCCCCACGCCAAAGUUCGAAACAGGCAACGAAGACCCGUUCACCAUCGAGGCUUCCCACAUGGCUCUCAGCCACAACGCAUUCAUCCGCGGCUUCAACAGCAUCUACCAACAGGCCUCUCGCCUCCAGGAGCCCACGGACAAGUCGGACUUCGUCGGCUACUGCCAGGCGUGGAUCGAAUGCGUCAAGACCCACCACCACUAUGAGGAGACGGACCUGUUUCCCAACAUCAACAAGGCGGCCGGCACGACUGGUUUGAUGGCAGAUGCCGUGCAGGAGCACGAGCUUUUUUACGGCGGGAUGGACCGGAUGAAGGCCUAUCUCGAUGAAACGGGUGCGGAGUUCUCCGCCGCAGAGCUGAUUUCCAUCAUGGACUCGUUCAAGAAGCCGCUGCACAGUCAUCUCAAGGCUGAGCCGCCUGCCAUCGUCGAUUUGGCGAGGUACAACACGGAGCAGAACCCGAUAGAUAUCAUGGCCAUCGCCGCCGCUGCUGGCAGAAAGCAGGUCGGCUUUAGCUUCUUCCUAAACACCGUGCCCGUCUUCUUCCUGAACAUGGAAACGGCCACCUUCGAAGGCGGCAUGUGGCACGGCGUUUUCCCGCCUCUGAAAGGAUUUGCGAGAACUCUCGUGAACAACGUCGUGCCCAUGUGGCACUCUGGCAGAUGGCGUUUUGCCAGCUGCACGCCCGAUGGAGAAUAUAAGCAGCUGGCUGUUUAG